AUGUUCAGUGUGGAAGCGAAAUUUUGCAGUGUGUCAGAUGUUAAGCAUGUUUUGAUUUGUUCCAGUAGCCGGAUCGAGUUGGGAGAUGUGACGCCACACAACAUUAAGCAGCUGAAGAGGCUAAACCAGGUCAUUUUUCCUGUCAGCUACAAUGACAAGUUCUACAAGGAUGUACUGGAGGUUGGCGAACUAGCCAAAUUAGCCUAUUUCAAUGAUAUUGCAGUGGGAGCAGUGUGCUGUAGGGUGGAUCACUCCCAGAACCAGAAGAGACUGUACAUCAUGACACUGGGAUGCCUGGCACCCUACCGAAGACUAGGAAUAGGAACUAAAAUGUUGAAUCAUGUCUUAAACAUCUGUGAAAAAGAUGGCACUUUUGACAACAUCUAUCUGCAUGUCCAGAUCAGCAAUGAGUCCGCAAUUGACUUCUACAGAAAGUUUGGCUUUGAGAUCAUUGAGACGAAGAAAAACUACUACAAGAGGAUAGAGCCCGCAGAUGCUCAUGUGCUGCAGAAAAACCUCAAAGCCCCUUGUCUUGGCCAGAACGCAGAUGUGCAAAAGACCGACAACUGAACAAAACCCCAACGAACACUUUCUUGCACUUGCUUGUCGCCAAAUAAGGAAAGAGAGGCCUCUUCAUUUUUUUCUUUU